AUGCUGCAGAACUUCCAGUUCAUCCUUCGCGCCGAGCUGCUGGCGGUCACGUCCACGCAGGGGCUGCCGCAGGGCCAGCGCCGGCUGAUGGAGUGCAUCCAGCUCAGCGACAGCCUCGUGCCGUGGGAGGUGGUGCACUCGGUCGUCAUGCGGGCCACUCCUGAGGAGUUCCAGUGCCCCAUCUGCAUGGAGAUGCCGACAGCACCGCGCAUCACGGAGUGCGGCCACGUCUACUGCCUCCCGUGCAUCCUACAGUACAUGAGCCGCCAGAAGGCGGCCGGCGCGCAGCGCAAGUGCCCGAUGUGCCACGACCUUCUCACGCCCUACACGCUGCGCCCCUGCGUGCUGCAGCCGGUGCAGCCGCGGAAGGUCGGCGUGCAGGCCCGCUUUGACCUCUUCAAGCGGCACCGCGACUCGUGCGUGCUGCGCCGCACCGACGACCCCUUUCUGGCGGCACCGCCGCCGCCGUCCUCGGCGAAGGCCGUGGCGAUCCAGCUCCCAGCCUACAUGGAGCCGAUGUCGUGCCAGAGUCGGUACGUGAUGACCACCCCGCAGUACGAGGCGAGGCAGCGCUGCGCUGACUGCGCCGGUAUUUCGGAGCAGAUGCGCGAGCUGGCGCAGCUGACGCAGCCGCUGAGCGAGUCCGACGCGGAGGUGGAGCGAUUCUUGCUAGAGGCGCUGAACGAGGUGACCAAGGAACCGAAGGGGCUGCCGCCGUCGAUGCUGCGCAACUCGCCGCCCAUGGCCCCGCGCCCCGUCACGACUCCGGAGGGCGAGGGCGACUACCUCGAGCUGUACGCCGACGGAGAAGGGCAGGCGUACUACCUGCACAUGUUGACCGUGAAGAUGCUGAAGCACGAUGCGAAGCUGCGCAACGCCGCACUGCCCGACACGGUCACCGGCGUGAUUGAGGAGGUUGUCACGAUGGAGCAGACGGAGGAGACGCGCCGCAUCUACAAGGUCUUCUCGCACGUCCCGCUGCACGGCAUGAUCAAGCUGUGCGUCGUCAACGUGGAUCAUCUCGUCCUGCCGGAGACCCGCACCGCUUUUGCCGCCGCACUGCAGAGGAUGGCGAGCGACAGGGCGCAGCGCCGACACCGCGACGACCGCGCCGCCAGCGAGGAUGCGUCGUGGAAGCAGUACUUGAUGAGGUACAGCAACCGCAGUGGUGACUACUUGGGCCUCUCGCCGGACACGGCGCCGUCGGACUUCUCCAUCGACACGGAGAGCCUGCCGUACCUGAAGCUCCCCUCGACGGGUUCCGCGGGCAGCGACCACGGGCUGCCGCCCAACACGCUUGACACGCGCCAGCGUGCCACCAAGCGACAGGACAUGCAGUCGCUGCUCGUCGACUCGGUCGCGGAGCCUCCGUCACGCGGCGACGCAGCAACAGCGACGACCUCCAGUGCCAUGGCGGCCGGCUGCUGGGCUCAGGGGAGUGCGGCCAAGCUCUUCGCCAAGGCGGAGAGGAAGGAGGCGACGACAUCGACGUGGGGCGGACACGUCUUCAACCCCAAGUAG